AUCACAUCGGCUUUUCAAUUGGGACUCUUGACUACUUCAUGAGUAGAUGAUGAAGGAUCAUUUUUGUCUACUCGGCUAUGUCAUUUAAUAUCCGAGUUACAUCCAAUUCGAUUUAUAUCUAAUAUUUGAUACAGUAAAAAUUGAAGAGGUUAGGAGUAAAGCAGCGUAGGCGACGGUACAUUGCAUGAUUGCCUGUCUUUUAGGAUGCUCGAUCAAUGGUGCAACUAUCGUAGAUUCGUUCGGGAUGACUUCUGUCAUGGUGAAGUUGUUAAAUAUAUAAUGACAUCUAAACUAAUGUUUCAUAUCUUCAAAUUUUCUUUCUGAUCUUAGUCUUAAAACUACCUGUACAAUAUGUUGUACUUCUCACAUUUUUUUUAAUAAGUUCUACUAUUGUGUCCUGACGAAAGAAACGCAAAGAGAAUGGCUCGACCGAAACACAGAAUUAAUACGGAUAUAUGCGCUGACUGCGGAGCCCUUGAACCAGGAUGGGCUUCAUUGAACAGAGCUAUUUUAUUAUGCGAUGAUUGUUGUGGUAUACAUCGUAGCCUUGGUCGACAUAUAUCUCAUAUAAAGUCACUUCAUAAGAGCACUUGGCAUACAAACUUACUCAAUAUGGUACAUACAUUAAAUGAUAAUGGAGCAAACAGUAUUUGGGAACAUUCCCUCUUAGAUCCUAAUAAUUCAAAAAUCAAUAGAAGAAAGCCACAGGCUAAAGACCCAUUGCAUCCAGUAAAGGCUGAUUUCAUUAAAGCAAAACAUCAACAUUCAGCAUUUGUAUUACGUCCAAGUAAAGAAGAAUGUUGUAGUGAAGAAGAAUUAAGUAGACAGUUACAUAGUAGUGUUCGUACAAGUAAUUUAGAAACUUCUUUAAGAUUACUUGCACAAGGUGCUAAUCCAAGUUAUUUUUACAAGGAAAAAGGUACAACACCUUUACAUGUAGCAGCACGAGCAGGACAGUCUUUACAGAUAGAACUUUUAAUAGCUAAUGGUGGUAAUCCUAAUAUGAUUGAUUUAAAUGGACAGACACCAGCUGAGGUUGCCAAAAUGGCAGGGCAUAUGGAAUUAUCAGAGCGUAUAAUUGAAUGUAUGUAUGAAGUAACAGACAGACUGACAUAUUAUAUAUGUUCACGUAAACCAGAUCAUCGAUUGGAUGAGCAUAUAAUUAUUCCCGAAUGUACAUUUUUGAUAGAACAAAAUAAUUUAUGUUUAGAAGGAAGAAAUAGAUUACAAAUGUUAUCAAAUCAUUUAUUGGAGGAAUUAGCAAUGGAUGUAUAUGACGAAGUAGAUCGACGGGAGAACGAAGAAAUUUGGUCUACAACUGCAGCUUUACCAGAAAAAUGUACAGUACCUUUUCUGCCAGUCAAUCCACAAUUAUCAUCUACAAGAAAUCAAGGUAGACAGAAACUAGCAAGAUUUACGCCGAAGGAAUUUGCUACUCUGAUCGUAGAUUUACUCAAUGAAGCUCGUAGACGACAUAUACUGGCAAAUAAUGCAUCGUUACAAGAUCCAACCGGUUCUGUGCUUCGCAAGGAGCAACUGGGAAAAUAUCGAUCACAAAUGUCCGAUGAUGAACCUUUAUACGAUAGCGUCGCUUCUGACGACGAUUAUGCGUUAAUAUCAACAGAUAAUACAGUGCCUGAAUAUUCAACACAGUUCAAAAUGAAUAACGAGGAAGCGUUUGCACCAUUAGCCAAAGGGCUUCCAUCCGUUGUAGAAGUUUUGAAAAAACAAUUAACUCUUUCUGAAUCCACCGUCAGGGAUCUUCGUGAGCAGAUGCAUACUUUACAAAAUACCAUAGAGCAACUUACACGUGAAAAUAAUGAACUGAAACAAAUGAUUCAUAUGAAAGAAUCCACCGACAGUAUCGUUAAUGGUCACGUUGGCGGAGAACAAGAACCGGAGUUGGAACCAGUACUUGAUAUAAAAACAUCUCUUACCAGAAGCAAUCAACGACCUGCAUCUAUGUAUGAAACAAGAGAAGGUUUGAGGAAACCUACUUCAUGGUCAACAUCUAUUUGUCAGUCUAAACGAGAUCCAGAGACGAUAUCCCGAAACAACACACAAAGUCUGUGGGAAUGUGGUGCACCUACUCUUCCACCCAGUGAAGAAGUUACUCGAAGAACUGAACAAGUUACAAGAAGAAUACAGGAAUUGUGGAUGGCCAUGCAAGAUCCGAAACAACGAGAAGCUUUCGUACCUUGUGCAGAAAGAAUCAGAGUUGCUGUUGCAGAGCUUACAGCUAUAUUUCCUCAAAACCCUAUUGAAGAAAAUAUCAGAUCUGCUUUACGUCAAUUGAACGGUAAUACAGGGAGACUUCAGGCAGAAUGUUCUGGUCUUCAAAGAUAUACUAGCGAUAUUGAACAUAUGGACCGCUGUCUUCAACAAGUACGUUCAUGUGCUUAUGACAUUGCCAAAGCAACGAAGCUUCUUGUUACCCAAUUUCAAACGUAACAAAUCAAAGGCAAAGUAUUACAAUUUAAAUAAUUUUCUAUACUCGAUGUAUAUAAGUUGUACAGACACCUAAAGUCGUAAUACUCAAAAUCAUCACAAACAUUUAAUAAGUAUUCGUUUUAUAUUAUAUAAAGAUAAUUUGUUGUCUAAUAUUCAUACGUUUAUUUUAAUGUAAAUAAUGCAAAAUUUAACGCAUGAACACUCGUAUAGUUUGUUCAAAUAAUAAGAAACAUGACAUUCUCCAAGAUUCUAUAUAUAUAUAUAUGUAUGUAUGUAUGUAUAUGUAUAUAUAUAUAUAGAAAGAGACUAUAAUUUUUAAUGUCAUAAAGACUGAGUAGCCACAAACCAAUGAAUUUUAUUAAUACGCAACUUAAGUUUAUACACUUGAUUUUAUAAAUGUAAUUGUUGCUCAUAUAAGCUGGCAUGUAAACAAUUAUUAAUACGAAAAAAAUUAUUUUUCUUUAUGUGAUAAAAAUGUUCAAGUGCAAUAUGGAAUGAAAAGAGUAAUUCUUACAAAACGUCUGUUAAUAGCAUGUAAAAAUCCUGUGCAUUUUAAUUUGAAUAAUAAAAAGUAUAUUGAGCAA